UGUUGACUUUGUUGACUAAAUCCAGUCAUUCGUUUUGUUUAUACUUACGGCCAGAUGACAUUGAACCUUGAGAAUGUAAUCACGACUGUUUAAGUAGACUAUUGAAAUUGACUGGAAAAUGAAUUACUCAUGAGUGGAUUUUUGUCACACCAACGCCCCUCCCUCAAGGCAAGGUACAGCCCACCCCUAGUACCAGGAAUGGGAGCUGCCCUAUUUGCAUGUGACCAUAAUGCGUUUCCCCUGGAUUGCCCUGUGGGGUUCUACCAUUUGAAUUGUUUGAUGAGGAGUAAAAAUGUGUGCAAAAUGAGAGUUUGGCAGCCUGGUGGUUUUGUCUCUGUAUGCAUGUGGGUGUUCACGCAUUGUGUACUUGUGGGUGUAAUAGUUUUCUUCAGGAGGGAGGGUUAAAAUAACUCGCCUGUGUGCCUACCAGUGAAUAGGACAUAUGUGCAGUUGGGAGUUGAGUGGCUAUUCUGCGCCAGGAGGUCAUUAGCUAAGUAGAUUGUUGAGGAGGGAGAGCGUGCAAGCAGCUUACCGUAACAAAAGCAGUUUGUUCGUCUGAUGCUCUGGGUUAAAAGAACACUUUAGCAUUGGCUAGUAACAAGGCUGCAGCAAGCAGCGCCUGCUAGUAAAAAAAAUUGUUAAAAGAAAGAGAAGCAUCAAGGCAGGCCUCAUUGUGUGACCUAUUACCAUAGUUGUGAUCUUUCUCUCUUGUCUCCAUGUUGAUCAGACGUUGUCUUCGAUGCUCUUUUAUGUCGUUAUUGUAUAUCAUCUUGGAAGAUCUGAGUAUCCUUAUUAUGGCGUGUAUUAUCAUACACAUGAAGACUGUUUGAAAUAAGGUCAUUGUAUUGACAUGACAAGUUGAUACUACCAACCACUGUACCAGAUACAUAUUUACAAUACUUAUAUCCCUGGAGUCACCAUUGAUGCCGUGUAUUGGAAGACAGACUAUUUGAAUUUGUUCAGUGGAAUCAUAGCCUCCUGUACCAAGAUCAGAAGUUAAUGAUACAAUUGUUUUGCUAGCACUAGUUUUCUCAUUGUAUCGCCCGACGUUCUGAUUUGACAAACCAUUUGAUUACCGUACCAUAUCUCCUAUUACGAUGAACAGGAUUUAAACACCGACAACAUACUCUGAAGUUGUAUCUGUGUCAGUAUCGUUGAAACUUACCCAGAAUGGUUAUGUUCUAGGAUCCUUUAUUUGUGUUGGAUUACUGAGAGAGAUUCGGAUCUGCUUCUCUAUUUGAUCAGACCAAGAACUAUCGUGGACUUGAUGCUGGUUAGUGAGAAAGCGCACAUGCAAUCGUCAUCGUCCCUUCUACUGCAUCCUGUCCCUGCAGUGAAUAUCACUACACCAAUGGGCAUUUUGAAUGAUCACAGUGAAGUAAAGAUGCCUGAAUCACCAGUAGACCAAACCUUAACCAAAUCCAUAUCCCAGCCUAGUUCUUUAGUAGGAACGAACCUACCAGUCCAUCCUAGAUCACACUCGACAAGUUCAUCUACAGGUUCAAUAGUGAAUGGCCUGCAUUCACCAAGGAGUAUGAAUGGAACCCCUUCGCCACCAACAGGUCUCGGGGGUGUGGCUGUCUCGGCUAUUCAAGGUGUACCAGCCAAUCAGGAAGUCCCUGCUGCAUGUGGAGCUCGUCAACUCAGUAAACUCAAGAGAUUUUUAACGACACUCCAGCAGUUUGGAUCUGACAUAUCACCAGAGAUUGGGGAGAGAGUUCGAGGUCUUGUUAUGGGUCUUGUGAACAAUGCUCUAACUGUAGAAGAAUUCCACAACAAACUGCAGGAAGCUACCAAUUUUCCACUCAGGCCAUUUGUGAUCCCAUUUUUAAAAGCAAAUCUACCUUUGUUGCAGAGAGAGUUGAUGCAUUGUGCUCGACUUGCCAAGCUUAGCCCUCAACAGUACUACCUUCAACAUGAACAUCAACUCCUGGAGCCAAAGACUAACAUUGUUGAUCCUACUGAACAUCUGAUGGAGGUCAAUGAGAAUGGGAAGAGAAAGACCCCAGAAGAGAGGAUGAUAACAAGGCCAAAGGAGAAUGGAUCUAAUGGAGGAGAACGUCUAGGGGAGGGGCCACACCCCAAGAGACAUUGUAACGUAGGAUCGCCCACACACCCCACCUCAGCUUACCCCCCUAUGAAUCAUUUCCCCCAUUCCCUAUCAGCAGCUCAUCAUGCCUUUAAGGUAGAGGAGCUAGGAACCAGUCAGGGGGCUGGCUUUGCUAGAGACUCCAGGGAUCUAAGGGAGAUGAGAGAAAUGAGAGAAAUGAGGGAACGCUUUGAAAGGGAAAGAGAACGAGAUAGACAUACUCCUCACGGUAAGGAAGCCUUUCCACCAUUCAGGGAAGUUUAUCCCGAUCCUAUCUUAUUUGAAGACAGAGUAGAGGAUGACUGGAAACAUGUUGAGACAAUGUUGCAAUGCAUUAUUGGUAUGGUUGAGAAGACCAAACGAGCAUUGGCUGUACUACAUCAACGCAGCAUCCAAGAUCGUGAGGAACUAGCUCACUGGAAUAGAAGACAAUCUUCACAGUCAGGUGGCAAUGAGUCAGGGGGUAAGAAGAGAUCUGAUGAGAUGAUGGCUCAGACCCUAAGACAGACUGAAGACAGAGUAACAGAGGUCAAGAGACGAGCAGAAGAAGCAGUGAAUGAGGUGAAAAGACAAGCAGUUUCUGAGUUACAGAAGGCUGUAGCAGCUGCUGAACGUAAAGCCAAUGAGAUGGUUAGUGCUGAACGGUCUAAGUUAGAUCGUGCCAUCAUUGAGGCUAGACAACAAGCUUCAGAUGAAGCUCUUGGUCUCCUUAAUCAUCAAGAAGAUUCUAGUGAGACUUGUUGGAACUGUGGUCGUAAAGCCAAUGAGACGUGCAGUGGAUGUAAUACUGCCCGAUACUGUGGUGCCUUCUGUCAACACAAAGACUGGGAGAAUCAUCAUAGGAUGUGUAGUCAAUACGCUAACACCCCUACUACAGGUGGUCUCCCUGUACCAGGGUUUCUGGUUAGCUCUUCUGCUCCUUCGUCAAUGCCACCAUCUACCAUAUCAGUGGCUAGUCCUUCACCAGCUGCUCUCAAGAGUCUAACCCCCGUGGUGGUUACCACCUCUGCAGCGACGGCAGCGGUGCCACCCUCGGCGCCCACACCCACAUCCGCUGCAAGUCCCACUGGAUCACAUCACUCCAAUGCAUCCAAUGGAUCAGGGUCCCCUGUAACCGCAUCAUCCACUGCCAUCCCUCAGGAAUCAUAGCAGGACUAGUCUGGAGAAUAUUGACUUUUUAUUUCUCAUCGUUUGGAAUCUGAUUUCACCACAAAGAUCCUGCUAGAAGUCCCAGUGUGAAAUGUUUAGACAAUGGAAUUCUUCUGAGGAUCAUUAUUGGACUAAUUGGACUUAGAUCUGGCCCACCCUUGUGAAAGUAAUUUUGAUUGGAGAUAUCUAGCACCCUGCCAAAUUCUUUGGCUGUGAGGAUGUGAAUCUGAAAAAAUCCAUCCAAAAGAUUCCCCAGGGUAAGACAUGAAUUAACAUUGGUCGCUCUUCAGGAAUAUCAGUCAUUGGAAGCCAAGCUUUCAGAUGGGUAAUAUAUAGAUCUCAAGUGCUAAUUUCAUACAUGUAUGAAAUUAGUAAUAUAUGAAGUAGAAAUUGAUAUUUAAUCAGUCCCAGUUUUUUGGUUUGAAAAAAUAAUUCAUGCCUUCAUAACUAUUUCAAAUACAGAACUGCCCUCUCUUUAUCUCUAUCUUCAUUCUGCAAGAAAUUUAUCCACUUUGUGCUGCACUCAUCCCAGGUGUGGCAAAAUGUGUACCAGUAAAGUGUAGCAUCCCUUAAAUGCACCAAGUGCUGCUGAUUUAGUGGGGAGCUCUAGCUUAAGUCAGGGUAAUAAUAGUUGUGCUUUGUAUCCUCUUGCAAAAUCAUUAAAAACAAAAUUGUGUUCAUAAAAGGAUAGGAAUGAAAUUAUUCUAUUUGAUACAACACUCUUUCCUUCUCAGAUAUGAUUCUGGAGAUUUGAUGAUUCUCUAUUAUUAGAGAUUUAAUGCAAAUUUUAAGAAAAUAAACAAAAAAAAUGUUUUUAUUUCUCUGGCUAUGCCUGCAAUGAAUAAACAUUCCAUGUCAAGUUUUAGUAUGUCUUUACAUUGAUGUUAGGAUAUGCAAUGUGAAGAUUCAUAUGGAAUUGCAAUCAAACCUCCAGACAGACUUGAUGGUACACUUUGUUUUCUUAUUGAUUAAACCAUGAUCUUAAGAUUUCUUGUGAAGUUUGUUUGUAUGUUAAAUACUGUGGAGAUUGAUGUCUACAGGGUUCAAUUGUCUAUAUGUAAACACCCUGGUAUGUCAUAUGUUGGCAAUUUGUGAUUAACUUCAUGUAGUGUUUCAAGCUCUUAUUUUUGUAGCUGGAUGAUAUAGUUAUCUAAGUGUUUCUUUGAAAAAGUAAUCACAGAUCAAAAGUCCACACAUGUUUGUUUUAUAGUUGCAAAUUUGUAGAGCAUUGAUUUUGGUGUAUCUCUGUCCUGUUUGUUCCCACAUUUGUCAUUCUGUUUUCUACUACUUAAUGCCCCCUUGUUCAUUUUAAGUUUUUAAAAGAUUUUGGUCUCACAAAACUUUUCCUUUGCUCAAUAUUCUAUUGCUUUUCUCAUGAUUCUGGUAACCGGAUGAAGUUGUAUUUUGAUGGUCAUAAAUUAGAAUAUUUUUGCAGCAAAUUUUCAAGGAUUUUAAUAUUGCCUCAUUUCAAGAUAACACAAACAAAUCAAUAGGCAAAUGCCCAUUACCUCUUCACUAAUUUUUGGGGACAAAAUUUGUUUGCACUUAUAUUUUCACUAUUCAAUAUUAGAGGAAACUGGAAAUAUUGUCACUGUUAAAAUAGUUUUUUUUUUAAACACACAUUGCCAUACUUCAUUUCUUUUGUCACUUUGAUAUUUCAAGCAUAUUAUAUCUGUGGAUUCCAGUUAAUGAUUUUCUGUGGCACAUCGAUAUGAAGAUCCAUAUACAACCAUAUAUUUUGUUUAGUUUGAAUAUGUAGUGUUUUUGCAUUUAUUAUAACCCUGUAUAUUGUGGCCAAGUCAUGUGUGUGAUUAUUGGGUUAUUUAUCAUGUCAAUUUCCUUUUACUCUUAAUUGUCAGUCUCUUGUUAAAGCCCAGCUUUAGUUUUUGGUAUAUUCCCCCCCAAAUUACAUUUCACUAUUUCAUUUCAUUACUAGAUUAUAUCAAUUCAUGUGCCCCCAAACAGUUGUGGUGUGAAGGAUAUAAACUAUAAGCAUGUUUUUUUUUGGAGAAAUUUACUGAUUUCACUUGAGAUUUUAAUUUGAUCAAGUGACUGAUCAAAAUGGAACAUCUUUAUAUUUUGUCUUUUUAUAUAAAACCCCUUCUCACUUAAGCAUAGAAUGGGCUGAAAAUUUCAGGAUAUAAUCUUUGUCAGUAACCUUCUAUUAUCCAGUUAAUAAAUCUGUAAAGUAAAGCACUCGGAUUGCUAUUUGAUAUUGAAAAAUAAAAUUCUAAUGGGUAAAAAUGCAUUUAAUGACUUAUGUUCGAUGGUACACUCAAGUAUAGUUAUCAUUACUGACCCUUUA